AUGUUCAGGAAAAGCUCUAAAAAGGAAACACCAAAAGUUGAAUUGUCCCCUACUGUUUUGUGGUCCCAAACCAAAGAAGAUUUGUAUCUGACCGUGGAAAUUGUCAAAGUUGAUGAUUAUAAUAUUGAUUCCACCAAUGAAUCAUUGAAGUUCAAUGCAACUAAGGAUUCUAAAUGCUAUAAAUUUGAGAUCUUGUUCCACAAGCCCAUUCUAUCUGAUAAAAUCAAGCAUUCUAAUCAAAGGAAUAUCAAGAUCAAGAUCCCUAAAGCGGAAGCAGAAAGGUGGCCGACCAUCAACAAUGAUGGAAAGAAGCAUUGGCUUAAGUGCGAUUGGGACAGAUGGGUAGACUCGGAUGACGAGGCAGGCAAGCCGACUGGAUUCGAUGAUUUCGACAUGGACAAUUUUGACAUGGGGGAUUUCAAUGGAAUGGGCAAUUUAGAUAACAUGGAGGGUAGUGACGGGGACGAAGAUGAAGAAGCAGAUGCACAUGACAAUUGUUGCUCAGGCGAUGACUCUUGCAAGCAUGGUUCCUAA